UUCUGCCGUAUGGCUUGAUCACUUUGGAUACACUCUGAUAAUCUGAUUAGGAGAUUUUCCUGAACAACAUUUCUUAAUGCUGUAGUGACCAUGGCUGUCCUUAAAGUAAAAUUCACCAAAACAAAGAGAGAUAAGUUGGCUCAGAUCUUGUGGAUCCUGAACUGGGUUUCUGUGGUGUCCGGUGCAAUUCUCUUCAGCCUAGGACUCUUUCUCAAAAUAGAAAUCAGGAAGCGCAGUGAGGUGAUGGCCAAAGGAGACGUAAACUCUGUCCCCAAUAUGCUAAUCUCUGUUGGAGUAAUUGCCUGCAUUAUCAACUUUCUUGGAGGUAAAAUCUGCUAUGACUGCACAGACAUCAAUAAGUUUAACCGAUGGAAGAUGGUUAUGCUCCCAUACAUUGUAUGCACAUUCUGUUUCACCUUUUGUAUCUUGGUGGGUGGCAUUAUGUGUUACACCAUGAGAAAUGAGCUGGAGGAAUCUCUAUACCUGGGACUGAGGGAUGCUAUCAAGUUCUACAAGGAUACCGAUAUUCCCGGGAGGUGCUUUUUAAAGAAGACUAUAGAUGCAUUACAGAUUAGAUUCCAGUGCUGUGGAAACAAUGGCUUCAGGGACUGGUUUGAAGUCCAGUGGGUCUCGGUUCGCUAUCUGGAUAUGGCAUCAAGGGAUGUUCUAGACCGCCUGAAGAGUAACGUGGAUGGGAAGUUCUUGGUGGAUGGUGUCCCCUUCAGCUGUUGCAAUCCAAACUCCCCCAGGCCCUGCAUUCAGUAUCAGCUCACAAACAACUCAGCUCACUACAACUAUGACUUUCUGACAGAAGAGCUUAACAUUUGGAUAAAAGGAUGCAGGGAAGCCCUACUGGAUUAUUAUACUGACAUCAUGAGAUCCAUCGGCAUCACUGUGCUGAUCAUCUGGUGUUUUGAGCUGUCUGUGUUGACUGGGGUCCGUUACCUUCAAACAGCAAUGAGUAACGUCCUUCUCUUGGGAGAUCCACAGAGUGAUUCAGAAGGCUGGCUACUUGAGAACAGCUUUGUAGAAACUGCCAAAUACAACAUCAGUGUCAUUAAAAAUCUUGGGAAAGCAAAUCAGAUAUCUUCGGUUUCAGGAAUCAAUGACCCCAACAUGAAUGUUCAAACUGUAAACUAUGGUCAAGAGACUGUUCCCACAAAAAGCAUCCCCACAACUUAACUGGAUGAAGCACAGGAGACUUUAAUAUACAGUUUGAUACCACAAUCACAGCUGUGCAUUUUGCUGUUUUUUCUUUUCCAUGUGUGAGAAUAAAAUAAAAAUCCCAAUAGCAAAUAAAUUAACAAAUGACUGCCUGCUAACAGGGUCCAACGAUGAAGACUUCUAGAAUGGGGCAAAACAUCAAUUUACUAUCCAUAUUUUCAGAAUGUACUGUUAUCUAGACUGACAUUGCUUCCAUUCUCAUAUAUAUGCACACAUUCACACCACAAAUUGUUUCCAUAUAUUAAUUAAAUGACCAGGGGGAUGGCUGGACUAUUACAGGAGAAAACAUCAGAGCUUCAAAUAUUAUGGCAUUAUGAAAAUUUGUCAUUCAAUCUGAUUGUACAUCAAGCAUAUUUGUCCUCUUUUGAUGUGACCAUGUUUGCAUAGAGCUCUGUAGAAGUGAUGAGCACUUCUGCUGUUGUCCUUGUUAUUAUCAUUUGAACAGGGAGACCUUGCUCUUGAUUUGACAGAACCAUAUUUACCCUGCUAAUUGAUCUAAAGCUAACUGAUGUGAAUGUAAUACAUGAUCAAUUCAUGAUAAAUUUCUCAGGAAAGGAAAAUCCGUACAGGAGAAUACGUUCUUAAAGUGAAGAAAAUGCUCCUGUUAAAAGGGUACGGAAAUAUUGGCAAUUUGUAUUACAGUGCUUCAGAAGAAUUGUACCAGCUAACAAACUGUAGUGUACAGAUGAAAAUACUGUAAUAGAAAACUGGUUAACUGUUAAUUCAUAUUUGAAAGGGUAGACUUCUGUUGAUUGCUACUAUUCAGUGUCAAAGUGAAGGACAUACUAUCAGGCCUUUAUCCAGAACAAGACUGUCAGUAAAAGGAAAUCACAAGAAAGAAAAUGAACACACUCUGCACCUUAUAAAAUAGAAUUUAGCAUAUGCAGAAUUAUAGGUAGUCUGUGGAAAACAACUAGAAGAUAGUAAUGUCAGUGUAAUUCAGAACUAGAUAUUAAAGUAGGGAAAAAUCAAAGUCUAUAUAAUAUAUUAAUAACCAUUAUUUGGACUGGGGGGGGGAGAGAAUAAUUAUCCAGUGCUUGUUUUUGUGUGUUUCUAUAUACAGUAGAGUCUCACUUAUCCAACAUUCUCGAUUAUCCAAUGCAUUUUUGUAGUCAAUGUUUUCAAUACAUCGUGAUAUUUUGGUGCUAAAUUCAUAAAUACAGUAAUUACUACAUAGCAUUACUGCGUAUUGAACUACUUUUUCUGUCAAAUUUGUUGUAUAACAUGAUGUUUUGGUGCUUAAUUUGAAAAAUCAUAACCUAAUUUGAUGUUUAAUAGUCUUUUCUUUAAUCCCUCCUUAUUAUCCAACAUAUUCGCUUAUCCAACAUUCUGCCGGCCUGCUUAUGUUGGAUAAGUGAGACUCUACUGUACUCACAAAGUCAUCUGCAAAAAUAAAUUGGGAGCAUGUGAAAGCCCAAAAUAACAUUCAUAUUUCCUUCUGCUCCUUCAAAUCCCCACUCCCCACAUACAUAAGCUAUGAAAAAAAUUAUAGCCAUAGAUCAAUUCAGCUGUGAAGUAGAUUUUUGGUUGCAGAGUUGAGUAAAACAUGCCAGUGUAUUACCUCUACUCUUUCAGCUAAUUCUGGGAGAAGAAAUGUCAUAAUAGAUGUUUUGGAUAUAUUUUUGGAUAAUUAGUUACUACCUUGACACUACUCGCUUCUAAGGACAAUUAAGCCACCCUUUAAGUUGGCAGUGAUUGAAUAUUGGAUUCGAUCCAGGAUAUUACUGUGUGUUCUGUUGUUAGAUGGUUAUAAAUUGAUGUUUGCUCAUGCUUAACAAAUCCCCUCGGCAAAAUGGAAAGAUGUACUGAUAUGACAUUUCUUCUGUCACAUAAGCAUAUAUUGUCAGUUACAUGUGUAGAGGGGCUAAGGACAUCAUCUUCCGGUUUUGAAACGAGUUAUAAUAAAUGGAUAUAUUUUCAA